AUGACUCUUGCUGCCUACAAAGAGAAGAUGAAGGAGCUCCCGCUGGUGUCCUUGUUCUGCUCCUGCUUCCUGGCUGACCCCCUGAAUAAGUCAUCCUACAACUAUGAAGGCUGGUGUGGGAGACAGUGUAGGAGAAAAGGUCAAAGCCAGCGGAAAGACAGUGCUGACUGGAGAGAAAGAAGAGAAGAGGCAGACACAGUGGACCUGAACUGGUGUGUCAUUUCUGACAUGGAAGUCAUCGAGCUCAACAAGUGCACCUCCGGCCAGUCUUUUGAAGUCAUUCUGAAGCCACCUUCCUUCGAUGGGGUACCCGAGUUCAACGCCUCCUUGCCCCGGAGACGAGACCCGUCCCUGGAGGAGAUCCAGAAGAAACUAGAAGCAGCUGAGGAGCGGAGGAAGUACCAGGAAGCCGAGCUCCUGAAACACCUAGCAGAGAAACGAGAACACGAGCGGGAGGUGAUCCAAAAAGCCAUUGAAGAGAACAACAACUUCAUCAAGAUGGCUAAAGAAAAACUGGCCCAGAAGAUGGAGUCCAACAAGGAGAACCGGGAGGCGCACCUAGCUGCCAUGUUGGAACGGCUGCAAGAGAAGGACAAGCAUGCCGAGGAGGUGCGGAAAAACAAGGAGCUGAAGGAAGAGGCCUCCAGGUAA